AUGGUCGAGCGCAAACACACUGCACAUAGCUUCAUCCCGGCCGCGUAUAAACUAGAUUGUGAAAAACAUCUGGUCUCAUCGAACUGGAACUACCCUAUACCAAAACGACCCCUCCAUGCGACCCAACCCCACAUGCUAAAAGCACCAGCUCAACAUCGACCUCAACUCUCCACACGCAACACCACCACCACUCCUUCACCAACCCCCUCCACGACAAUGGCUGCCGAAGACGAGACCCAAACCACCGCCAAGUCCGCCGAGGACCGCAAGGCGGCCUCCGCGCUCGCCAGCCUCGACGCCGACGAGUCCGCCGGCUCCAACAACGUCGACCACGAUGCCGCGAGCAAGGCCAUGAAAGCCCUCGGCGGCCCUCCCAAGGCCGCCCCCGCCGCUUCGUCCACCAAGAACGUCAAGGUUGACUCCGCCGACGUCGCCCUGCUCGUCGAGGAGCUCGAGCUGUCCAAGCCCAAGGCCACCGAGCUGCUGAAGAGCCACGAGGGAAAUGCUGUCAAGGCCAUGCGGGCGUAUAUUGCCGCCGCGUAG